UCCAUCUUUCACCUCCAUUUUCUCUCUCUAAAUUUUCUCUUUCUCUCUCUAAACAUCAAAAAUGGCAGAUUCAUCUCAACAUCAAAAUACCCAUCAGUGGGCCCAACAAAAAGGGGGCCAAGAUCUUCAACAAAAGGGCCAAGAAGCAAUUCAAAGGUUCAAGCAAUUCCUGGAAGAAAAAUCUAUUACAACUUCUAAUAUUAUAGCAUUUCUUAUUGUUUUUCCACUUGGGCUUUUUCUUUUGGGCUUAUCAGGCAUAACCUUUAUUGGGUCUCUUUUUAGUAUGGCUAUAACCGGCCCAUUGUUUAUUCUCUUUAGCCCAGUUAUUGUUCCGGCUUUGCUUACUAUUGGGCUUGCUGUUAUGGGCUUUUUGAGUUCGGGUGCAUGUGGGCUAAUGGGCUUGUCGGCGUUUUCGUGGAUUAUAAAUUUUUUUAGGAGUUAUCGAAGCGGUGGUGAUGAGGGUUGGAGUGUGGGGGGUGUUUCACAAUGGGCUCGUGAGAAAGCUGGAGAUAUGGGCCAGAAAGUGAAGGAUAUGGGCCAGUACGUUGCAGAUAAAGCUCGUGAUGAAUUACCAUCCCGCUCAUAAAAACUAUAGUUUGUUGACGACAAAUCAUAGCUUGUAUUUUGCAAAUAAAGCCCGUGGGCCUUGAUGAAUGAUAGUGAACAAAUAGCUUGUGCUAGUGUAGGAUGGGCCUAUGGGCCAUGGCGUGCUUUUGUUUGGUGUUGUAGCUAACUCAGAGUAUCUUUCAUUGAAACAACCUCUU